GGUGGGGCUGGACCUGUGCCAACAAGGUCCUGUGUUUAUGCCACUGGUUCCAGGUCCAGCUGGGUGCAUUCAGGAACCCACUGCCUGGCUCCUGGGGACACGGUGGCCCAUGGCAUCCCCAGUGUCAGCAAUGGGAUGUCGCAGGGGUGGCGGUCACCUGAGGCUGCCUGGCCCCUCCCUGGGCCAGGCACAGCUAUAAAAGCCCAGGGCUGGGCAGAGGGCAGCACACAGGAGCUGGGAGCUGUUGGCAGGCGUGGCAGCAGCAACAAUGGCAACACUCUACCCCUCCCUGGAGGACAUGAAGGGCCACCAGAUCUUGCAGGCGCAGGCAGCUGCUGGGGUGAGGACCCCCGCCACGACGGUGGUCGCAGAGAAGCCGAAGCUCAUUUCGGGCACCGAUAAUGCAGCACCGCCCAUGCUGUACCCCAACCUGGCUGAGCUGGAGAACUACAUGGGGCUCGCUCUCUCCAGUGAAGAAAUCCAGAAGAACCUUCUCCCAGAAGGCAGCACUGCGCUUACCCCCGCCGGGCCAGCCCCGGGCCAGCUGGUUGCCCCCCUGAGCGGCAACAACGCAGGGCUGCGCCGGGCAGAGAUCAAGCCAGGUGUGAGGGAGAUCCACCUCUGCAAGGAUGAGCGGGGCAAGACGGGGCUGCAGCUGAAAAAUGUUGACCAGGGCAUCUUUGUGCAGCUGGUGAAGGCCAACUCGCCGGCAGCGCUGGUGGGGCUGCGCUUCGGUGACCAGAUCCUGCAGAUUGAUGGCAAGAACUGCACAGGCUGGAGCAGCGACAAGGCGCAGCGAGCGCUGAAGAAGGCGUCCCCAGAGAAAAUCAUCAUGGUAGUGCGGGACAGGCCUUUCCAGCGCACUGUCACCGUGCACAAGGACAGCACUGGCAACAUUGGUGUUGUGGUCAAGAAGGGGAAAAUCGUGUCACUGGCCAAGGACAGCUCCGCCGCCCGCAACGGCCUCCUCACCCACCACUACAUCUGUGAGGUGAAUGGCCAGAAUGUCAUUGGCAUGAAGGAUAAGCAGCUCACGGAGGUGCUGGCAGGGGCUGGGAACGUGGUCACGCUGACAAUCAUCCCCACCGUGAUCUACGAGCACAUGGUCAAACGGCUUUCCGCAGGACUUGUGAAGUCAUCCAUGGACCACUCCAUCCCUGACCUCUGAUGUCAUUGCUGCCAUCCUGCCAUCCCGGGGGCCGAUGCCAGGGUGGACAGCCCCUGUGGCCAAGCCUGCACGUGCUCCUGGAAGCCUGGAGGGGCCACUGAAGAUAUCCCCGCAGCAUCCCCAAAAGAAGCAGUUUUAGCACAAAACCCCUCAUCCCUACAAAGGCUGGUGGCUGCAGGGUGGUGCGGGGGGGAACGCCAGCCUGCGAUGUCCCCCAUGUCCCCUCAUCCCUCUCCUCCCUCUCUUCCCUCUCAGCAUGGCAGGGAUGGGGCAUGUGCCUGUCCUGGGGUCCCCAUGUCCUGCUCAGGCCAGCCCCCCCUUGGGGCAGACACCAAAGGCCGGCUCCAGCCAAAGCAGACACAGACCCAGUGACGUUUAUUACAUCCACCACAGACAGCAAGUACAGGACAGGGGAAACAAGAAAAGCGGUGUUACAGCUUUUUAAGUUCUGUAUUUAAAAAAUAUAUAGAUUUGUCUUUCAAAUAUAAUCAUUACAUUUA